AUGUUCGUACCUACUCCACCACCUCCACCACCACCACCUCCACCUCCACCAAGGCAUCGGCAUCGCAGCCAUCGCCGAGGGCGCGGUGGCGUCAUCAUCAUGUAUAUUAUCUCCGGCACCGUGGCCGUCGGCAUUGCCACCGCAAUUGUAGUUGUCUUUGUCUUCGGGGGCUUCACAAUCGAUGGACAUGGGUCAGGAACGGUCCGUUUCACUUCCGUCCUCAAACACAAGCGGAACUGA